AUAUAUAUUAAAUUGUGACUCUGAGGAAGUCAAAGCAUUGGUCACUUUCAUUCUUCUCAAGCCUACAAGUACUCAGUAAAGUUCGCCUGUAAACUUUUUAGGUACUGAUCCUUGUUAAGGGGGAAAAAUGAAAGUUCUUGCCCCCGCCCCGGGGGCUCUCCUCUCUUCUCCGUCGUCACUGCGGUUCACCGAGUGCCGUCUCCUCGGCUCUCCUCCGCCUCUGGCCGUGCGCUUGCACAGACACGCUGGCGGCGGGCAGAGAGCAGGAGGGCGGGAAGCCCGCGUGAACUGGGGGUGCUGAAGACCUGCUGUCGCAGGGGCCGGGCCCCCGCCCACCUUCAUCUGGUCGGGGCUGUAUGCUCAGCUCUCUCGGAGGCUUUCCAGUUUUCACUCGUACAGAAGCUGCUGCUGUGAGCGCCACCCCCCACCCCCCACUUUUCUCACGUGAAACUUUGUGUGACGAAUUCCUAGAAGUGGGAUUGUAGUGUAACGUUAGGAUGUGUACCCCACGUAGAUCCGGUAGUAGUCUCUUCUUGACUGUUCUUUUUAGAGCAUUUGUGACUUCUUCAGGAUUUAUAGGACAGCGUCAGGUCCAGCUGUGUAAUUAAUUGUAUAGGGAACUCUCUGAUUUGAACAAACAAAAUACAAGCUUUUACCUCAGAUGGGAGGUACGGAGCUCACGGAAGCUCGGCUGAUGGAGCUCCUGUGCGGACGCACGAAGCAGCGGCGUGGCCAAGCUCCCACGUGCACGCACGCCUCACCUGGCUGGUUUUAAAUUGCAGGGGUGACUCCAAGAACCGAGGCCCCCGUCAGCAGCGUGAGUAAUAGUUUGGAGAACGCACUGCAUACAUCAGCACAUUCCACGGAGGAGUCGCUACCCAAGAGGACUGUGGGGAAACACUCCAAAGUGAGUGUUGAAAAGAUAGACCUGAAGGGAUUAUCUCACAAAAAAAGUGAAAGAAAUGUUGAAUGUUCCUUUGAGAACGUUCGGGAAAGACUCACCUAAGGUUUUGGAGGCUGUCGAAACUUGUGACCAGCACCCAGGUCUCAGCACCCGGAGAACCUUGGAAUCCCAACACCUUCAAGGCCUCGUAGAGGUCUUGUGGUCUGAUUCUUCAGUAACAUCAGUAACCAAAUCUUCCUCUGAAGUGACUGAAUUUAUUUCAAAGUUACCCCAGCUGUACCCUGAAGAAAAUCUGGAGAAGUUCAUUCCUUGCUUAGCUGGCCCAGAUUCCUUUUACGUAGAGCGAAACCACAUGGAUCUGGAAGCGGACCUGAGGUAUUUGGCUUCAUUACCUUCUCACGUAUUAAAAAAUGACCACGUUAAGAAAUUUUUCAGCACUUCAUCUCCCACCCAACAGCUUCAAAGUCCAAGUCCUGGCACCCCUUCCCUCUCUAAAGUGGGUACCAUGAUGGGCGUGUCUGGAAGGCCUGUGUGUGGCGUGGCCGGCAUCCCCUCCUCUCAGAGCGGCGCCCAGCACCACAUGCCGCACUCGGCCAGCUCGGCCGCCUUGCCCCACUGCUCCCACGCGGGGGGUGCAGGCUCGGCGUUGGCCUACCGGGCCCAGAUGGACAGCUCGCCCGCCAUCCUGAUGCCCUCCAGUCUGCAGGCCCCUCAGACCCAGGAGCAGAACGGGAUCCUAGACUGGCUGAGGAAGCUGCGCUUGCACAAGUACUACCCGGUCUUCAAACAGCUCACCAUGGAGAAGUUUCUGAGCCUUACUGAGGAAGAUCUAAAUAAAUUUGAAUCCCUCACAAUGGGAGCAAAGAAAAAACUCAAGACUCAGCUGGAGCUGGAGAAGGAGAAGUCAGAGAAACGGUGCCUGAACCCCACAGCCCCACCCCCGGUCACCAGCAGCGGAGUGGCCCGCGUCCCCCCCACCAGCCACGUCGGGCCCGUGCAGACCGUGCGAGGCCCCCACGCUGCAGCGCUGCGGGUAGAAGUGGAGCAGCCCCCUCACCAGACGGCCCGGGAGGGCAGCUCCUCGGAAUGCUCCAGCUCCUCACCCAGCCCGAUGGGGGUGCAGGCCCGGGAAGAGAGCUCGGACAGCGCCGAGGAGAACGACAGACGUGUGGAGAUGCACUUGGAGGGCUCGGAGAAGGAGAAGCCCAUCCUGCUACUGAACCAUUUCGCUUCAAGUUCCGCCAGACCCACGGCCCAGGUUCUCCCGGUGCAGAACGAGGCAGGCUCCGGUCCGGCGGGCCACCACCCCCUCCCCCCCCAGAUGAUGGCCGCGGCCUCGCACCUGGCACCCAUGCGGAUGCUGAAUUCCGUGCACAAGUCGGAAAGGGGGGGCGCGGACAUGAAGCUCCUCCCGCCUUCCGUGCACUCGCUGCUGUCUCUAGAAGAAAGGAGUAAGCUCUCGGGACCAAGAGGCGGCAUCAAAGUGGACAAGAACUUCGGCCACAGCGUGAUGGACGCAGCGCCCACGCCCACCGCCCAGCAGCCCCUGCAGGUGCUCUCUGCCCUGGCCGAGAGCAGCUCCGUGUCGCCCGCCGUGUCCUUCGGUCCCCGCGCCAAAGUCGUGCACACGGCUGCGCUGGACAGGGUGAUGAAGCCGGCCCCGCAGGCGGCCCUGGCGGGGGAGGCGAGCACGGCUGCCGCGGGGACGUCGAGCGCCGUCUUCCACGUGGCUCGGCCACCCAUCAAGCUGCUGGUGUCCUCCUCUGUCCCCGCGGACUCUGCCGUUUCCGGGCAAACUCCCUGCUCGAGUAACGUGCAAAUAAGCGUGCCCCCUGCAAUAAUAAGCCCCCGGACUGCCCUGUACACCAACACCAAAGCUGCCUUCUCUGCGAUGGGCAGUGUGCCCGUGGGGCCCCUGCAGGGCAGCUUCUGCGCCAGCAGCAGCGCCGCCGCCUCCAGCAGCCACCCGCCCACGGCCUUCGCCAGCGUGGCCCCUGCGCCCGGCUGCCCGGCGCCCAGCUCCAGCCCCGCGCUCUCGUCGGCGCCCGACAGCGGCUUCUACGGCGGCGGCGGCGGGGGCGGCGGGGGCGGCGGCGGCGGCGGCUCCCCGGGCAGCCUCGCCGCGCCCGCCCAGAACCACCACCACCACCACCACCAUCAGCAGCAGGCGGCGCCCCCGCAGCCCGCGCCCGCGCCCGCGCCGCCGCCCGGCUGCGUCGUGUGCACGUCGUGCGGCUGCAGCGGCAGCUGCGGCUCCGGCGGCCUGACCGUCAGCUACGCCGGCUACUUCCAGCACCCGUUCUCGGGGCCGUCCGUCUUCCCCUUCCCCUUCCUGCCCUUCAGCCCCGUGUGCGGCGGCGGCUACGUGGGCGCCCAGCAGUACGGCGGCGGCGCCUUCCCCGUGCUGCACCCGCCCUACGGCGGCGGCGUGGCCCCCGAGCCCGUGCUGGGCGGCCCGUCGGCCUUCGCCGUGCCGCCCCUGCAGAGCUUCCUGGCGGGCGCGGCGGGCGCGUACCAGGCCCCGGGGCCGGCGGGCAGCAGCAGCGGCUCGGGCCACAAGAAGAGCGGCCACCUGUCGUGUUACAACUGCGGGGCCACCGGGCACCGCGCUCAGGACUGCAAGCAGCCGUCCAUGGACUUCAAUCGGCCAGAUUGGAGCUUGACGUCAGGACUCGCCUGGUCGGCGCCUCCACCGUGGUUGCGAUGCAGAGACCUCCGUCUCCCGAGGAGCAUUGCCGUCAUCGGCCCUUCCAGGCUCACACGUAAUUCCCGGGCAGCUACGCAAGAUCGGAAUCGAGAACUGCAGGUUGGAGUUCUCCGCAUGGAGUUCCACCAGUCGGACUCUUGAUACCCCUGGGUGAGGGAAAAUGUCGCCUUUGUCGUUUUGUUUUGUUUUUUGUUUCGUUUUGUUCCUCAAGUGGUUAGACACUAAUCUCUCUGGGCUUUUUAAGGACUGCACUCCAGAAGAAUGUAAACUGAUGUCAAUCUCUGCCGCUCGGGGAGACAGACUCCCUGAGACCAGUCAGUGCAAGACACUCAGAGAACCCGUUUUUAAGGAGCUGGCACCAGCAGGCUACGUGACUUGGUACACAACAGAGAUUUUAGCAUUUCCUUCCCUCCUUGAAACACUUGUAGCAGUUUGAAGUUUUUAAUUUUUUUUUUCUGCGAAUAAAUUUAAACUACGUUAUUAAAUAGAAAUAGUUACUCGCAACAACUUAGUAUCUAAGGGUCCAAGUCCCAGAGAAUCCCUAGUUGUCAAAGCUUUGAGAAUCCCUUCCUUCCCGGCCCUUCAGUAGCUUGAAGUCCUGUCAUCUUCCACCGCGACAGAGCUCUGGCCAAGACGUGGUGACCGCAUGGCCUUCGUGACUAGCUCUGACGGAUGCUACUCAUCCUUAGCAAAGUUGGCAAGUUCUUGUCUCUCUCACGGAUCUCCCAAGGACCCCAAGGCUUACUGCUAACGGAGUCACACUCGAGACAGACGUUUCAACAGUAAUACAGUCCUAUAAUCUAUGAGCAGAAGAUUUGAAACGUUCUCCUGUCAGCUGCUUUUGUAUUAGGCUGUGUAUGUAGUGGUUAGUUCUGCUCGAAAUUACCUGAAAACUCCAGUAGAAAGUGGUAAGACUCUGGAAGAGCCCACACCACCAGGACAGAGCUACAAGAUCUGCAGAAAUCUAGUUUUAUCCAAAGUGGGAAGUAAGUCCUCACCAUACGGCUCUGUUUCACCCCAUUACAAUGAAAGCUGCUUGGUCUGAAAUUUAGGGACUUAAACCUUUAAAGCCAAAAGGGAGGUUUCUGCUCAGAUACUACUAUUUUAACACUAAAGCCUUCAAUAUUAAAAUAUUGAUUGGUAAGGCCUCGCCCAGGGAUCUUGCAGUUGAAGAUUUAUUUAAAAAAAGAAAAUCAUAAUAGUCAGACCUCCCUUAAAAUGGGACAAUCAGCCUCAUGCCGAAUUGGUAUAAAUCAAAAAGAACACCCUAGAAUUUGAGGCACUGUGAGGUGAGGCUUCAAAGUUUAUGAUCCGUUUCCUGGCGGGAACUAGGGCAGAGUUCCCUUUUUUUUUUUCUGACGGGCUUUUAGUAGCGUUUUUGUAGAGUUUUAUUUUAGUAGAGUUUCAUUUCUAUGCAAUGCAGAAUUGACAGACCUCUGUAUGCUUCUCUCUCUUCCUGGUACACGGUAUUACAUACGGUUUUGAAGUGGUGGUGACGCUUACAACAACUUUUUGGGGGAAUGUUACAUUGAUCUCUUAAUUAUAAACACUACAAAAUGUCAAAACAAGGAGAACUGACACAACUUUGCCUUAAAGAGUACGAGCCUGGAACUUGUCAUAUGAUGUUAAAGGAAGACUUGGGAGUGUCCACUGAUGUUUACGAUUUUAAUAUUUCUGAAGGCCGUUACGGUGGCCUGGACAUGUGCUGAAAGCCAAACUUUUAAAUUUUUUGGUUUUUUAAACAAAGAAAUAUUUUAAAUAAAUCCUAUUUCAACACAGUGAAAUUGUUGAAAACUGUCUCAUAACAAAAGAAAAAAAAUCAUAUUUAGGGUUUUUGUUUUAGUGGUCCGUAUUGGGGAAUGAAAGCGUCUGUUGUUAUCCUUAUGACUAUUUUGAUAAAUAGUAGAGGUUAGUGUGUUCCAUACAACAGAAAAUUAAAAUAGGAGCUUCGAUUCGAAGUAGGACAUUCAGACUGAGGUAAAUAAGUCCAGACAUUAAUGUGUGGCUGUGUUCCAGUCAUCAAAGGUCUUAGAAAAAUUCCCACUUGUCUCUGAGCGUGCGUGUGCGGUGUGACGUCUCCAGUGAGGCCAUUCCAAGGGGAGAAUCGUAAAACGGAAACGUGAGGCACACGGGACACAGAGCAUCCAGCUGCCGGUCUGUGCGACUCUUCCCAAGUGAAUACUUGGACUUGGGGAGUGUUUGCUGGCAGUGUAAUCUCUGAUGAAUUUCUCUCCAAAAGCAACCAAAGUCAGUAAGCCUCAAGAGCAUUCUGCACUUCCUCAGAUGGCCUCCUCUUCAUAGAAACACAGAUCUGACUGGCCCUUUCAACUCUGUAGUCGUUUUCCUGAAACCAUGGGCUCAGUGUGCAAAUGCUGUAGCAACCAGGUAGGUGGGGCACAGCCACUCUGCUGUGUAGUCUGUCGUCUGUCCAAGUUUCUGUCCCCAUUUUUUGUCUCCCAAGAAUGGGGGAAGUGGAAUGUACAGAUUGAAGUACAAUACAGUGUUGGGAUAAAACAACUCUUUAAUCCUUUUUUUUUUUUUUUUUUAGCAAACAAUUUUCUACCUUCUUUUCUUGGUAGUAUUGAAAAUUGGAAAAGUGUUUAAAUGUUAAAACUCGUAACUGCUAAUGAGCACUGAGGAAAUGGGAGCUAGCACUUAAAUUAACAACAGAAUUAUUUUCUUCAAAGCAGGUAUGUGUGAUUGGGUAUUUAAAAAAAAAAAAGCCAACCAGCAGCAUCUAUGAUCUCCAGAUUAUGGGAGUCGGCUUGUGAAUAUAGUAGUUGGUAGGGUCCGUGUUCUAGCUCCGUCCUUAGAAGUCACCGUAGCUAGUUUGCACUGCCCCGUGUGGAGGUGCGGAGCGGGGCCCCGACUCUGCCCCGCGUCACGCCGCAGCCGCAGCGCGUCCCAGGCGGAGCGCCCGCCGAUCGGAUCCGUCUGCGUCUGCCCGGCCGCUCUGGGCUCGCUCGUGUCGCGGGAGAGCGCUGGCCCAGCGCAGUCAGGUUGCACCCUCCUCACUCCCUUUCAUUUUGUGCUCUUCCUGCUUCUGUGAUGGGUUAUUUGAUGCCUUGCUCGUUUUACAUCCUGGUUACUGGUGGCGUAUAUAUUGAGUCUUAAGGAUGGUAAGGGAAACCGUGUCCUUCCCAGAGGAUGGGCCUGUGGAACCUGAGCGGGCGGACGUCCUUUCCAAAGCGCAGGUGACGUUGAGAGCCGUGGGCUCUGAAGAGGCUCAGUUUGCAAAGUCCUGAGGUUCUGAAUGAAAAAAUCUUUUAAUCAGCACUCGCAAAACCACAUACUUGCUGGUUGAGGCCAAAGGUCAACUUGACUACACUGUUCUGGGGGGAGGGGAGCUCAGUGUGGCUCGUCAGUCAGUCCCGGGGAUUGUAACAAGCCCCUCACAUGCAUUAAGUUCUUACAUGCACAAUGAAGGCUUUGGUACUGAAACCAGAGACCUCGUGUAUUCGAGAAUCUUCACAGCUUAUAUUGGACAGAUUUUCUUUUUAGGAAUGAAGGAAAAUUCUCCCAUUUUUGAGCCAUUCUUUUAUGUCAAUUCUACAAAAUUGCAUGUAACUUUAUAAAUAUUUUUAAAAGAUAUAGUUUUGUAAAUAUUUAAUAUUCUGCUAAUUUGAUUUUGAAUUGUAAAUGUUAAGUAUUGUUUUUGAAGUUUUUAUGUUUUAUUAUACUUUGUUAAAAAGGAAAAAUUGUACAUUUUUAGAAUGUUUUUAUGAGUAAAUUUAAUGUACUGAAAAUAAAAAUUAAAAAAAGC